GCCGCUGCGCGAUGCAGUGUGGGGAAUGGCUGGGGUUGGCUGAAGAGCGCACAGUGGAGUUUUAAUGUCCGCCAUGUUGGCCAUGGCGUAUUGAAGAGAGCGAGCGAGAGAGGAGCGGAACGGCACAGCCUCCCACCCUCCAGGCUGCUGUUAGGGCCCGGACGGCGAGCUCUGCGCUCCGCCCCUCAAGUCCCCGGCAUCGGUAGGCGAGUGGGGACCGAACCCCCGGUUCUCCAUGAUCCCGCUGGCCGGGGCCGUUUCCCCAGAGCAGAGAGGUAUCUGCUGCGCCUGAGAUGAGUAAACUGUCGUUUCGGGCGCGGGCGCUAGACGCCUCGAAGCCGCUGCCGGUUUUCCGCUGUGAGGAUCUGCCCGACCUGCACGAAUACGCCUCGAUAAACCGGGCCGUGCCGCAGAUGCCCACCGGAAUGGAGAAGGAAGAGGAGUCGGAACACCAUCUUCAACGGGCUAUUUCAGCACAGCAAGUGUAUGGCGAGAAGAGGGAUAAUAUGGUUAUACCUGUCCCAGAGGCAGAAAGUAAUAUUGCUUACUAUGAGUCUAUAUAUCCUGGGGAAUUUAAAAUGCCAAAGCAGCUCAUUCACAUACAGCCUUUUAGUUUGGAUGCUGAACAGCCUGACUAUGAUUUGGAUUCUGAAGAUGAAGUAUUCGUGAAUAAACUGAAAAAGAAAAUGGACAUCUGCCCAUUGCAAUUUGAGGAGAUGAUUGACCGUCUAGAGAAAGGCAGUGGUCAGCAGCCAGUCAGUCUGCAGGAAGCCAAAUUACUGCUAAAAGAAGACGACGAAUUAAUUAGAGAGGUUUAUGAAUACUGGAUUAAAAAGAGAAAAAACUGUCGAGGGCCAUCUCUUAUCCCAUCAGUAAAACAAGAGAAGCGAGAUGGUUCCAGCACAAAUGAUCCUUACGUGGCUUUUAGAAGACGUACCGAAAAAAUGCAAACUAGAAAAAAUCGCAAAAAUGAUGAAGCCUCUUAUGAAAAAAUGCUUAAGCUGCGUCGAGAUCUAAGUCGGGCUGUUACUAUUCUAGAGAUGAUAAAAAGAAGAGAAAAGAGUAAAAGGGAGUUAUUGCACUUAACACUGGAAAUUAUGGAAAAGAGGUAUAAUUUGGGUGACUACAAUGGAGAGAUUAUGUCUGAGGUUAUGGCACAGAGACAGCCAUUGAAACCUACUUACGCCAUCCCCAUCAUCCCUAUUACUAAUAGCGGUCAAUUUAAACAUCAGGAAGCAGUGGAUGUGAAGGAGUUUAAAGUUAAUAAGCAAGAUAAAGCCGAUCUUAUCCGACCUAAACGUAAAUACGAAAAGAAGCCCAAAGUCUUACCAUCGUCUGCUGCUGCUCCUCCUCAACAGACGAGUCCCGCUGCACAGCCAGUCUUUAAUGCUAAAGAUUUAAAUCAGUAUGAUUUCCCCAGCUCAGAUGAAGAACCUCUCUCCCAGGUUUUGUCUGGUUCUUCGGAAGCUGAGGAAGAGAAUGAUCCCGAUGGUCCAUUUGCUUUCCGUAGGAAAGCAGGCUGUCAGUACUAUGCUCCUCACUUAGACCGAACUGGCAACUGGCCUUGGACUAGUCCUAAGGACGGAGGAUUAGGGGAUGUGCGAUAUAGAUACUGCUUAACUACCCUUACCGUACCGCAAAGGUGUAUUGGAUUUGCACGAAGACGGGUUGGUCGCGGUGGAAGGGUGUUACUGGACAGAGCUCACUCAGACUAUGACAGUAUGUUUCACCAUCUGGAUUUGGAAAUGCUUUCCUCACCACAACAUUCUCCAAUCAAUCAGUCUGCCAAUACCUCAGAAACAAAUACCUCGGACAAAUCUUUCUCUAAAGACCUCAGUCAGAUACUAGUCAAUAUCAAGUCAUGUAGAUGGCGGCAUUUUAGGCCUCGGACACCAUCCCUACAUGACAGUGACAAUGAUGAACUCUCCUGUAGAAAAUUAUAUAGGAGUAUAACUCGAACAGGAACAGCACAACCUGGGACCCAGAUAUGCAGUACCUCUACGCAAAGUAAAAGUAGCAGUGGUUCAGCACACUUUGCAUUUACAGCCGAACAAUACCAGCAACAUCAACAGCAACUGGCACUAAUGCAGAAACAGCAGCUUGCACAAAUUCAGCAACAGCAAGCAAAUAGUAAUUCCUCCACCAACACUUCACAGAACCUUGCAUCUAACCAGCAGAAAAGUGGCUUUCGCCUGAAUCUACAUCAUAGCCAUUCUAUACAGGGUUUAGAAAGAACAUUACAGGGUUUUGUUUCCAAGACUUUGGAUUCUGCUAGUGCUCAAUUUGCUGCUUCUGCUUUGGUGACAUCAGAACAACUGAUGGGAUUCAAGAUGAAGGAUGAUGUGGUGCUUGGGAUUGGGGUGAAUGGUGUCCUUCCAGCCUCAGGAGUAUACAAGGGCUUACACCUCAGUAGUACUACACCAACAGCACCGGUACAUAUGAGUCCAUCAGCAGGUUCAACUUUGUUACAGCCUUCAAACGUGACACAGACUUCAAGUUCCCAUAGUGCACUGAGUCAUCCAGUAACUGCUGCCAAUUCUGCAACAACUCAGGUUCUGAUUGGGAACAACAUUCGAUUAACUGUACCUUCAUCAGUUGCCACUGUAAACUCUAUUGCCCCCAUAAAUGCACGACACAUACCUAGGACUUUAAGUGCUGUUCCAUCGUCUGCCUUAAAGCUGGCUGCCGCAGCAAACUGUCAAGUUUCCAAGGUCCCAUCUUCAUCCUCUGUAGAUUCAGCCCCAAGGGAAAAUCAUGAAUCAGAAAAGCCAGCACUAAACAGCAUAGCAGACAAUACAGUAGCGAUGGAGGUGACGUAGCUCUCUCAGGAGUGGGACUGCAACCUGGGGACUUGAUUAGGUGCUAUGCAUCAGUAGCAUUUUGAAUGCAGGGGAUGAUGAAAUGCAGCACAUGCAUUUCUGUGGCAGCUGUGGGGACUUGACAGCAAUGCUCAUCUCUCAUGCUUCAAUUUUUUUUCUUACUGUUAAUAGGAAAAAAAUCAACAUCUGUAAAUUAAGAAUACAGCAAUUAUCUGUACAAUACUGCAUAUUUGUAAUACCCUUGUAUAUAUGUUACUUGAAUACAGAAAUGUUCAUUUGUGAUGCUUUGCACUUGGGGGUGGGGGGGUGGGAGGGAAAUAAAUUGCAACAAAGAGUGUGAGAUGUGAGAUUGUAUAGAGAUGAAGUGUCAUCACAUCAUGUGCAUGGUGCGGAACCUGCUGUUUUACCUAUUUAUUGUGCCGUGUUUACAGUUUUUUGUACACUGUACCUUCAUUGGUUCCUGUGCUGUAGUAAAUGUGUUAGGUAGCUGUGGACUCCUUGGUAUUUUGUAAAUGGUAUAACAUAACUUGGUUCCCCUCUGGGUCCCUGAGUUUUCUGUGUAUCAUGUGAAAAAAAUGGUGACAUACAUACAGAUUUUACAAAAAAAAAAAAAGGCAUCAGUUUAAAAAAAAUAGGGGGAAUGUACUGUUAAAUGGGGAUCUUCCUGGUCUACUAUCAUUAGGAUAAGUAACAAGCUAAAAAUGAAGUCUCUUGAAUCUUCCCAUCCCCACUUGCCCACGAAGCUGUGGGUAGUUUCUGGUACUUAAAGCACUAAUGUUAUGUUGCUGCUCUACAAACAGCCCAGUAGUCCAAUUUCCUUCCACACCAAAAAGUGUUAAAUCAAGUAUGCAAAUGGAGUCCUUACAACUGGAGUUUAUGUUGUCUUGCCCUUUUUUUUUUAGCACAAAAGAAAUUGUACUUUUUUAUUGUCAAAUUGUUUAAAAGACUUCAUUCUUUACUUGUUCUUACAAAAGGAUAUAAGGGAGAAGAAUGCAGUAAUUGCUAUAUGUGUAUCAUCAUUCCAGUUUCUAAAAACAGCCAGCCAGCUUUUUUCCUUUUAAGAUUCUCCAGAAGGCUGCAAGGCCAGAACCACAAUUAUCGGGUGCCUUCCUUUGGAAAUAUUUGACCUCUCUUCUGUGAAGAGAAUGGUACUUAACAGACUACUACCAGUGCUUUGUCAGUACCGAAGUCUGAAUGCCCAAUCCAAUGGCAUACAUUAUCCUUAAGGUUUUUAAUCCCACCUGGAAAAAUUGUGAUAGAAUUCUCACAAAAUAAACCCAGGGCAUUACAUGUUGACAAACUAA